GAAUAAGAGAAUCGAUUAAUCCUUUUUAUAUUCGUAGUUAAAAGCAAACAAAUACCAAUUUUAAUCAAGUUUUAUAAUCAGUUUUAAUCACUUUUAGCGGUUCUAUAUUAUUACGUAUUGGCGUCACAAAGUGCCGAUCGUUAACGACUUUAACUUUAACAAGAUCAACAAGUUAUUGUUAUAGUAUAAUGGAGUUUAUAGAGCUUAUAUCAAUAAAUAAACUGGAUGGUGUUAUUCUAAAAUAUCCUCACCAGGAUAACGUUGAUGGAACGGUGUGUAUUACUGGACAUCACCUCAUUUUGAGUUCACGAAAAGAAGGCGUUCGCGAACUAUGGCUUCUUCAUAGAAACAUAGAUAGCAUUGAAAAGAAAGAAAACAAGCCUGUGAAUGGCAUCAUGCAGGGUGGUUCCUUGUUCCUGAAGUGUAAAGACCUGCGGAUAUUCCAGCUCGAUAUCAGCUCCAGUGCGGAGUUGAACAUGCUGUCUCAAACCCUGGAAAACCUUUCUGGCCUACAAGAUCCCAGCCUUUUCUAUCCAUUUUUUUAUAGACAUAUGCAUCCAAUUAUGGAAAAUGGGCAUACAUUAUAUAGUAUAGAGGGUGAAUUCACAAAAGUGUUGGCAACAGAUGAGUGGAGGAUAUCUCGAGUCAACCAAAACUACACUGUGUGCCCGGCAUACCCAAAGGCAGUGGUGGUCCCCAAAAGUGUAGAUGAUGAUAUUUUAGCUCUGGCUGCAACAUUUAGACAAGGUGGCCGAUUUCCUGUGCUCUCCUACAGGCACAACAAUGGGGCAGUGUUGCUGCGGGCAGGGCAGCCGCUGUACGGGCCGAAGCACCGGCGCUGCCGGCCCGACGAGGCCAUCCUCAACGCAGUCGUGGGCCCGGCCAUGAAGGGCAUCAUAUACGAUCUGAGGAGCAACAAUGCCAUCUCACAGCAGCAGAGUAAAGGCGGCGGCACGGAGAGCAACGCCAACUACUCCCAGUGGAAGAUCUACAACCGGUCUGUGGAUGACGUCGACAACCAGCAACAGCUCCUGGAUAGUUACGCCAAACUUAUUGAAGCGUGUAACGACCGCGAGAUAUCGAGCGACAAGUGGAUAUCGCGGCUGGAGUCGUGCGGCUGGCCGGAGAGCGUCCGCAACGCGCUGCACACUGCCUGCAUCGUCGCGCAGCACAUACACCAGAAGGCAGAGCCGGUGCUGGUGCACGGCACGCGCGGCGAGGACGCCACGCUGCUCGUCUGCUCACUAGUGCAGAUUAUACUUAAUCCCGACUGCAGGACUUUACGCGGUUUGCAGGCGCUAGUGGAGCGCGAGUGGCUGGCGGCGGGUCACCCUUUCGGCGCGCGCCACCGCUGCGGGCCGUACUCGACCGCCCCCCGCGCCGCCCCCACCUUCCUGCUGCUGUUGGACUGCGUGCGGCAGUUUCUCGAGCAGUACCCCUGCAGCUUCGAGUACCGCCAGUCCUUCCUCAUCACGCUGUUCGAGCACUCGUACGCGAGUCAGUUCGGGACCUUCCUAUGCGACAGUGAGCAGGAGCGCGAGUACCGCGGCGUGAGCGAGCAGACGACCAGCGUCUGGUCGUGGAUCAACCAACCGGACGAGCUCUCCGCCUACAUCAACCCGCUGUACGACCCCACGCCGUCCGUCAUCUGGCCCUCCGUGGCGCCCAUGAGCUUCGUCAUAUGGGAGGAGCUGUACCUGCGCUGGUCGAUCCCACAGUCGACGGAGCAGCGCGAGGAGCAGUACGGCGCGAUCCGCGCGCGCGAACAGUCGCUGCGAGCGCGCGCACACGCGCUCCGCCGCGAGGUGCUCGACCUCGCCGCGCAGUACUACGCGCCGCAGGACAAGCAGGAGCUGCUGCUACACAACUAGCUAAAGCUCCAAUUAUUAUUGUGCUGUACAGAUGAGUAGACUAGAGGUAACCUUCAUAUUACGCGUCGCAGGACAGGCGUCAACUGUGAACAAGCCUCAACAGAGAGCGAACCUUUGCCUCCAUGGGCCCAAACAUUCAAUUAUUACUGUUCCCAUACAUAGAUGUAACUUUUAUUAUUAUAUUAUUUGCCGCAGGACUAAUUAGGGAGGAACAGCUUUAAAAAAUCCCAAUCCUUCACGGUUGUAGCUCUUUUAACUUUGACGGUUCGAGCUUUUAAAAUGCGCUGAAUCGCCAAUAGUUCACUGCCUAAGUGAUCGAACUGACCGUUCAAAAUAUACAGUUGCAAAUAUUCAAAUCCACAUAUGAUUAUAAAUGUGUACCGAUGUUCGUUUAAAGUUACUUACCUAUGAAAUGAAGAAUGUUCGAGUUAUCACAUCUCAGACUCGUCGUUGUCAUUUUCUCUCAGACAAGCAGAAGUAUCUUUCUAAUAAAAUGUGUUGUAUAAAGACUUCCGUUUGUAUCACUAGCGUUUUACAAGCAUACAGUUUCAAUAUAUAUUUAGGACAUAUGUGCCAUUUUCAACCAAAAGGGUACUUAUUGUCGCUUGUCGGUAAGGCGCUAUUUCCAUAUAGCUUCAUUAGAAAUCAACCUUAUCGACAACCGACAAUGUGGUACCUUUUAGUUGAAAACGUCACAUAUGAUUGUAAUAAGAUGCAUUUUAUUGCUCAUAAAACAAAGUUCGACUUUGCAGUUUGGUACUCGUACAUCAAAUUUAUGAAGUUUAAUUGCUGUAUGUGACUGUAGCUUGAGAAAAAAGUAGUAUUACAUUGUGUCCCAUAAUAUUCCAUAACCUAAGGAUCAGAAAUAUCUGCGUAUGAACGUUAGGGCCACACACUUCGUCAUGCGCGUGAACAGAGUUCCAUAGCAUUCGUGUAUUCCAUUUCUCAACUGUUCCCAAAGAAUAGUAGAUUGUUAAUCAAGGGUGGAAAGUGAACCAUCUCACCCGUGAUAUUUCUCAAUAGUUCGAGGGUGAGAUGGUGUCUAACCCUAACCCGUUCGUAUAAAAAUACCGCAAAUCGAUGUACAGGUUAGCCGUUUGGCACACACAUACUAGAGGCCAAAACAAAAUUUUUGACCCGCAGUUCCUAAAAAAAUUUCGCUGCGGGGGGGAGUGGUAAAACAUAUGUUUUUUGUACCUCAUACGAAAGGGCUUUUUGAGGCGAUUCUAAAAAUAUAUCACAUCA